AUGAAUGAAAUAACUUCAAAACAUACAAUCCAUUUACAAUUAAAAGAUGCAAUUUCCCAAUGUUCAGAGAGAGGUCUUUAUUUAAGCGCAAGAUGGGCGGCAGAGCUUUUAAAUGGAAUGGAACCUUUAACAAUGAAUGAUAUUUCUGAAUAUUCUAAAUAUAAGUCUAAUUAUUUAAAAAAAAAAGAAGAAAAAGAGAAUUUAUUUGAAUUGGGUUGUCAAGAAGAACAGGAAAGCAAUCAAUAUUCAUUAGCGAAAUGUUAUUUUGAUUGUAAAGAAUACGAUAGAUGUUCAUAUUUCUUAAAAACAUGUCAUAGUCCAAAAUCAAUUUUUCUUCGACUAUAUUCAAAGUUUCUUGCAGGUGAAAAAAGAGGAGAUGAAGACAGUGAAUCAAUUCUUGGCCCUUUGGACGCAAGUAAUGUUAAAAAUCGGGAAAUUACGUCAAUUUGCCAAGAACUUGAAAAGAUUAUUGAAAUAGAGAAAGAUGCAUUUUUGUUAUAUCUUUUAGGAUUUCUUCAAAGAAGACAAAAACAGGAUUCUUUGUCUAUCAAAACAUUAAUACAAUCGCUUAAUUUAUAUCCAUAUAAUUGGGGUACAUGGCAAGAAUUAUCUAUGUGUUUAGCUGGUAUAAAUAUGUUGAAUUCUAUUACAUCUGCCUUACCUGAAUGUUUCAUGAAAAAAUUGUUUUUGAUUUAUGCUAUUCUUGAGCUUCAUCAAUCAGGAGAGACACUAUAUCAUCAAAUCAUGGAACUCGAAACAUUAUUUCCUAAUAGUUUAUUUUUAAAAACACAAAGAGCUUUGAUACCAUAUAAUGGAAGAGAUUUUGAAGAAGCAGAAAAGCAAUUUGAGGAAAUUGCAAAAUUAGAUCCACAUCGGCUCGAUGAUAUGGAUAUAUAUUCAAAUAUUUUAUUUGUUAUGUCUAAACGAUCAAAAUUAGGAUUUUUAGCUCAAAUAGCAUCAGCAACUGAUAAAUUUAGACCGGAAACUUGUUGUAUAAUAGGAAAUUAUUACAGUUUACUUUCGGAACAUGAAAAAGCGGUUAUUUAUUUUAGACGUGCUUUAAAAUUAAAUAGAAAUUGGUUAUCUGCUUGGACUUUAAUGGGUCAUGAGUAUGUUGAAAUGAAAAAUACACAUGCAGCAAUAGAAGCAUAUCGUCGUGCUGUAGAUGUCAAUCGUAAAGAUUAUAGAGCUUGGUAUGGUCUCGGGCAAACUUAUGAAGUUUUAGAGAUGCAUUAUUAUGCUUUAUAUUACUAUCAAAGAGCAGCUGCCUUAAAACCAUAUGAUCAACGAAUGUGGCAAGCCCUUGGAAAUUGUUAUGAGAAACUUGAUAGACCUGGUGAAGCAAUAAAAUCAUAUAAACGAGCAUUAUUAGGCUCUACAGGCGAUCCUGUAAUUUUACUAAAGCUUGGAGGGAUAUUCGAAAGAAUUGGUGAUACGGAUACUGCUGCGAUGUAUUAUAAACAAUGUAUUACAGCUGAAGAAGAUGAUGUAAUUACAUUAGAAAGUAGCAAAGCUCACAUGUGGUUGGCAAAAUGGGAAAUGAGCCGAGGAAAUUUACGUAAAGCCGAAAAAUAUGCUACUGAAAUUAUGAAUGGAUCAUUUGAUUUGGAAGAAGCUAAAGCUCUUGUAAGAGAUCUAAGAAGUAGAAUGGAUCAAAAUGAAAGUUAG